AUCCCGGUACGCAAUCAAACAACUAGCACCUUCACUUCACCUUUAAUUAACAACAAUCUGGCAGCAUUAUGACGAAACUUUUCGAAUGGUUUAUGGCUGCGGCUUGCUUUUUCAGCGUUUAUUUUGCAAUAGUUCUGCGUCAGGUUAAGCACGCAGUGUUGGACCAGUACAUGCUGGAAAUUCAGCUUUCCCCCAUAUUUCUGGUGUUAAUUUUUGGUCUGUUCUCUGCCACCGUGGUGUUGUAUCGAACUUUCACGUUUAACAACUGCGAGGAAGCUGCCAAAGAGCUGAUGGAACAGAUUAAGGAAGCCAAAGCUGAUCUGAGAAGCAAAGGUUUGGUGUUGAGUGAUUAACAGUUUGUGCAUUUGCCGCUCAUAGCGUUUGUUUUGUAAAUAAAGUUUUUAAGAAAGUUACAAGAAUUGCAACAUAAGGGGCAAUCA